UGACCGUUACAAUGUAAAGGGACCAUGUCGUGCCAUCUGUAUCUGAAACUCUUCCUUGUCCAUUGCUAUAAACUCAAUAUCUCUCUCUCUUCUCUCUGUCUCUCUUUCUCUCUCUCACACACACAACUAGAUCACACAAACAAUGAUUCCUUACGGCGACAUGCACAAGGGAUCAUUUGAAUGUCAACAACUUCAAGUAUCCUCCAUUAUCAGAGAUGUGAACUACAGCUGUGGUUCGUGUGGUUAUGAGCUGAAUUUGAACUCCAGCAACCGCAACACUGGUCUCAUAGAUUCAAAGUCCAUAAAGAGAGGCAUCAUUUCCUUCUUCUCUGUGGAUGAGAGCAGGUUCACUCAGAUCCACCAACUUCCCUGGUCAUUUUGGAUACCCUUUUUCAACUCCAAGCGCCAACAAAGAACCAAGCUCCUUUGCCGCAACUGUGCCAGCCACCUUGGCUUUGCCUACACUUUGCCCUCGCAAUCCCAAUCCUGGGAUGGCAUCUCUGAUGACUCCAGAAUCUAUGAUAUAAAACUCACCGCUUUGUUACCUUCCUUCUCCGAGGAACCGACUCAAAGGUUAGAGGACAUGACCAAGUACGAGAGUGCAUGUUCUACUGUGGUGUUCUAAUUCUGUAUGGAACAGGGACAUAUACAGUUUCUUGUUUACUUUUGAAGCAUAGGGUUGGUCGGUGGUGUUUUGUUGUGAGGUGAAUCAAUGUACUCUACUUUUUUAUUAACGUUAGUGUCAUGUUAUUUUGUCAAUAUUCUUUAUUUUCUAGAAUGUGCCUGGUUGAUCAUAUAAAUCUUGUGGACUCUGCCUAGCUUUUUGUAUAUUGUAUAAUCUCCUUGUUAUUUUACAA